AUGUCCGUCGCCGCCCGCCUCGAUGAUACCCAUGAAGUGGCGACCAAGCUCUCGUCCGAGCAUACCCCAUCCCCUGACUCCGAGUCAUCAUUGAUUUUCCCCAUCAUUACAAACUUUAAUCCAUCAAACCCCUCUCAUUCAACAUGUACAUGCUUUUCGCUUGGGCGCGUACCAACUGUCAGAUUUGCACCACUUCCAUCACCAGACCCUAACCGAAAGCGCUCGAAAUUGCCGCUCGGAGUGGCGGCCCGUUCGCGGAGAAGACGCCCCGCGCGUGAAAGUCGCCAGCAAGGACGGUCUUUGUGGACCAGCGACCCUGCUGCAGACCCACUGCUUGAGGAUCCGCUUGUUACCUUGGGGAAGUUCGUGAAAAGCACUACUAGAAACCUAUGGCAGCGCGUGAGAGAGAGAAACGGGCUCAUGAACCAGGUGGAGCCUAUCCAACAUGAUAUCGUUCUUGAUAUCAGGCCAAUGGAUGGUCAGGAGCAGCUGGUAGGAAGUGAUGCCAGAGCACAGGCCAAGAGUUGCCUCGGAGAAGGGCAGUAA